AUGACUUCUCACCCACCCGGCGCUUGCUGCUACAAGGGCGUCAAGCACGAAGGAGAAGCCACAGGCGAGUUCUCCCAGCUCGGCGACUUUGAGAUCUACACCAAGUAUCCGGAAGACAAGAACACGGAAUAUGGCAUCCUCAUCAUCACCGAUGUCAUCGGCCACCGCUUCAACAACGCCCAACUCAUCGCCGACCAGUUCGCCGCCAACGGCUACUUCGUCAUGAUGCCCGAUCUGUUCGACAAGGAUCCCAUCCCCCUGAACCGUCCCGGUGACUUUGACAUCAUGAAGUGGUUGAACGGAGAAUACCAUCCGGACAAGAAGGCUCACUUGCCCCCCGUGGUGGACCCUAUCAUCGACGCCUGCUUGAUUGAGAUGCGGACGAAAUACAACGUCAAGAAACUCGGCGCGGUAGGCUACUGCUUCGGCGGCAAAUACGUCGUCCGCCACCUCCGCCCGGACAGCGGCAAAAUCGACGCCGGCUACACGGCCCACCCGUCCUUCGUCGAGGCCGCCGAGCUCAAGGACAUCAAGGGCCCGCUCGCCAUCUCCGCCGCCGAGACCGACCAGAUCUUCCCGGCCGAGAAGCGCCACGAAACCGAGGUCAUCCUGAAAGAGCUGGGCCUGCCGUAUCAGAUCAAUCUCUAUUCCGGCGUGGAGCACGGAUUCGCCGUCCGCGGGGAUUUGAAGAAUCGCGUCGCGACCUAUGCCAAGGAGAACGCCUUCCUGCAGGCGGUGCAAUGGUUUGAGGAGCAUCUGAGGGGUGGGAAGUAA